AUGGCCACCACUCUCGCCCUCUGUGUAGUGAGUAGUGCUGUGCUGUACGCACAACUGAAGGAUAAACCGCUGGACUCGGUCUUGGAAUCACCGCUUGAUCAACCUCCGUUGGUGUUGGCGAAUGCCGCACUCACCCUGGCAUGCUCGACGCUGGUUGUCCUGAAGCACGAGGUUUUCUGCCGGCUGGUGUACGCCACGGACCCGCUUGAGGUCACUUGGACUUUCAUCCGCGGAUUUUUUGGACAGGAGAAGGGAAGGGGCAUCAAGGUAGACAGCUGGAUCACGGAGUACAACCGACUGCACGACGACAACGAAUCGAGCGUCGAAGAGCGAGAAGGGAGCUACGCCAAGCUGGUAAACGCGUACUACGAGCUUGCUACUCUGUUCUAUGAAUGGGGCUGGGGAAGCUCGUUCCACUUUGCGAGCAGGUGGCGCAACGAGAGCUUCCAGGACUCCAUCAAGCGACACGAGUACUACCUGGGCGGUCGGCUGGGUGUCAGCCGCGGCGCUAAGGUCCUGGACUGCGGCUGCGGCAUCGGUGGGCCGUACCGCAACAUCGCUCAGUUCACAGGCGCGGACAUUACUGGAAUUACUAUCAACGAGUACCAGGUGAAGAGAGGAAACGAGGUGAACAAGAAUAUGGGCGUCGACCAACAGUGCCGAUCUAUUCAGGGGGAUUUCAUGAAGUUGCCGUUCGAGGAUAACUCUUUCGAUGGUGUUUACGCUAUCGAAGCCACCUGCCACGCGCCGCAGAGAGAGGGCGUGUACAGCGAGAUCUACCGCGUGCUCAAGCCGGGAUGCGUGUUCGCGUGUUACGAGUGGUGCCUCACGGACAAGUUUGACGCCAGCAACGACAAGCACCGGUUGAUCAAGAAGCAGAUCGAGGAGGGGGACGGGCUUCCUGACAUGAUCACCCCUCCGGAGGUCGACUCAGCCCUCAAGGCGUCGGGCUUCGAGAUCCUGGAGACAAGGGACGCCGCGCUCGACCCUAACCCGGGAGGAAUCCCGUGGUACCAGCCCCUCACGCCUAGCUGGAACGUCUUCACGCAAAGGUUUCAGUUCAACUGGCUAGGGAUGCGGCUGACGAAAGCGGCCCUGUACGUGAUGGAGAUGUUUUAUCUUGCACCGGCGGGAACGAACAAAGUGCAGGCCAUGCUGCAGGCCGGGGGCAUGGGCUGCGCGCAGGGCGGCCUCACCGGGACCUUCACACCAAUGUACCUUGCGGUCUGUCGCAAACCUCUGUAGGCUUGAACAUGUUGAUGUUUGAUGCGUACCAGUUGCCGACUGCCUUCAUUGUUUUGGCGUUGUUUGCUUUUAACAUGCGGAGGAAGGGUGGUGCGAUGCGGGUUGUCAACAUUCGAUUUGCGGAGGAGAGCUUGGCGCCGCCCGAACGAAAGAGAAAGCUGUUUCUGCGUGGUAAUGCCGCGCAAUGCUGCAGAUACAUUGCUUUUGGGCGGGCGGCCCUUGUUUCAUGGUGUGCCGUGUCGCAGCCGUAGUGUGAACGAAAAAGUGUGAGCGCCAAUUAGGGAGUGAGUGCCGUGCUGGGGCUCUCAAGUGAAUCAGGUUCACCGCAAUCUCGGAAGGUGCUCGGUGUCGUGUAGGUGUCAGGCCUUGGGUAGCCCCGGUCUGAGUCACAAGCACAUUGAUGCAAGUACUCGUAUUUAGUGGCUGCGCUUCUUGUGUUUUGUUUUUGAAAGCGGCUUCACGACCCGGAGCCAAAUCCAGUGAUGCACCUGAUUGUGUAGCGCACAGUCUGUAGCUCUAGUUCUCGGGAGCGGCACGGACCAAAGCGGUUGGGCUCCUACCAGCCUCUCGUGUCCUGUUCUUCAGGCGUGUGAGUUUGAUGUUUUUAUUCUUCCAUUUCUUCCAAGCGCAAGUGGGAUAAACCAAGACGUGAAAACACGCUAC